GUUUACACUUCCGUGAUAAGAGGACCACAGAAGACGCCAAAGCGUAUCCUUACAGGCAUUUUUAAUCCGGUGUUUUCACAAACAAAGACCUAAACUGUCAAUAUGUUUUCCUUCCACCAUGUUUUCGACCACCCUAUGGCCCGAGGUUUUCAGAGCCGAUUUUCCACUCAGUACCGCUGUUAUUCGGUGUCUAUGCUCGCUGGACCCAACGACCGCUCCGAUGUAGAGAAAGGAGGCAAAAUAAUAAUGCCCCCUUCUGCUCUUGAUCAGCUCAGCAGGCUUAACAUCACCUAUCCUAUGCUUUUCAAGCUGACCAACAAGAACUCAGACAGAAUGACACACUGUGGCGUCCUGGAGUUUGUAGCAGAUGAGGGAAUCUGUUACCUUCCACACUGGAUGAUGCAGAACCUCCUCCUUGAAGAGGGGGGUCUGGUUCAAGUGGAAAGUGUAAACCUCAUGGUGGCAACCUAUUCCAAGUUCCAGCCCCAAAGUCCUGAUUUCCUAGACAUUACAAAUCCCAAAGCAGUACUGGAGAAUGCACUGAGAAACUUUGCAUGCUUGACAACUGGAGAUGUCAUAGCUAUAAACUACAAUGAGAAGAUCUAUGAGCUGCGAGUUAUGGAAACCAAACCAGACAAAGCCGUAUCCAUCAUCGAGUGUGAUAUGAAUGUGGAUUUUGAUGCGCCUUUGGGUUACAAGGAGCCUGAGCGACGAUCUCAGAACCAAGAAGAACCAACAGAGGAUGAUGGAGACACCAGCAGUUAUGCUGACAUGGACACAGGAUUCAGAGCUUUUACCGGCUCUGGAAAUCGCUUGGAUGGUAAAACAAAAGGUAUUGAGCCCAGCCCUACUCCUCUUGCUCCAAGUGACAUCAAAAGAGGCAUUCCAAACUACGAAUUCAAAGUUGGCCGGAUCACCUUCAUCAGAAACUCCAGGCCUCAGCCCAGAAAGAACAUAGAAGAAGAUGACACCGUGAACCGAUUUAUUGCCUUUUCUGGACAAGGACAGUCGCUACGCAAGAAGGGCAGAAAGCCUUGAAGAGUUAUAAACAGGGUUUGGCUUUUGGGACAUAUUUAACAGCAAAGUAAAAAUUGCCUUCAAAGGCACUUGGAAUUGCCUUUGUAUCUGUUUGAAGUGGGUACUUUGCUGAUAACGUUUGUUUUAAAAAUGAUCUUUGACAGUAAUAUUUACUCUGAUGAAGCUACACUGCUUGAGUACUGUCGGGUAUCAUUUGUAUUCAGAGGUCCAGGCUGCCUGAUCGGAGCCAAAACAAACAGGCUGUUUCACCAACACAUACGUUAGUGUGAAGAUUAUUGUUGUUAAAUUUGAAUUAUUUGAUCAUCUUUUUUUUUUUUUCAAAAUGGUUGAAUUUAGCCAAAAUAAACCUUUUCCAAAAUCUUAUUACCAUAUAUCAG